AUGGCUGAACAAUUUGAGAUGCCGCGAGUGAAACUCGGAACCCAAGGACUUGAGGUAUCGAAGCUAGGCUAUGGUUGUAUGGGGCUUACAGGUAUCUACAAUAAUCCCGUCCCUGAGGAGGAAGGAAUUGCAAUAAUCAAAGAGGCAUUCAGCAAAGGCAUCACAUUUUUUGACACAUCGGAUAUUUAUGGCGCGAACAAUGCCAAUGAGUACUUGGUUGGGAAGGCACUAAAGCAACUACCUCGAGAACAAAUUGAGUUAGCUACAAAGUUUGGUAUAGCGGGAGGUGAUGCUUCUGGAGUUAUAAUAAAAGGUUCACCUGAAUAUACUCGCUCUUGCUGUGAGUCUAGCCUGAAGCAUCUCGGCGUGGACUAUAUUGAUCUUUACUACAUACAUCGAAUUGAUCAAACUGUGCCUAUUGAAGAGACGAUGGGAGAACUUAAAAAACUAGUCAACGAAGGUAAAAUAAAAUAUAUUGGAUUAUCUGAAGCUAGUCCGGACACAAUAAGGAGAGCUCAUGCAGUUCAUCCUAUUACUGCUAUACAAAUGGAAUAUUCCCUUUGGACUCGUAACAUCGAAGAAGAAUUUAUUCCACUUUGCAGGGAACUUGGGAUUGGAAUAGUUCCAUACAGUCCCGUAGGUCGAGGGUUUUUUGCUGGGAAGGCUGUAGUGGAAAGCUUGCCUCAAAAUAGCUCAUUGGAACAUCACCCAAGGUUUACAGGAGAGAACUUUGAAAGAAACAAAGCCAUUUAUAUCCGUAUAGAAAAUUUAGCUAAGAAGCAUGGAUGCACUCCUGCUCAACUUGCGGUUGCAUGGGUUCUUCAUCAAGGAGAUGAUGUUGUACCUAUUCCAGGUACAACCAAAAUAAAAAAUCUUCACGAAAAUAUUGGUUCUGUGAAAGUGAAGUUUACAAAAGAUGAUUUGAAAGAGAUCUCAGAUGCAGUCCCCUUUGAUGAAGUGGCAGGGCAAAAAACUACUGAGGUUCUUCAUCGAAUCUCAGCGAUAUAUGCCAAUACCCCACUCCCGAAAUGA